GACGAGCCGUCGUGGGGUCCCCACCGCCUGGCGCUGCUCGUCCCUUUCCGGGAGCGCUUCGAGGAACUGCUGGCCUUCGUGCCCUACAUGCACCGCUUUCUGAGCAAGAAGAGGAUCCGCCAUCACAUCUUCAUCCUCAACCAGGUGGAUCAUUUCAGGUUUAACAGGGCGUCCCUAAUCAACGUGGGCUUCCUGGAGAGUGGCAACGACACUGACUACAUUGCGAUGCAUGAUGUCGAUCUCCUGCCGCUCAACGAGCAGCUGGACUACGGCUUCCCAGAGACAGGGCCCUUCCAUGUGGCAUCCCCAGAGCUGCACCCGCUCUACCACUAUAAGACCUACGUGGGUGGCAUCCUGCUGCUCACCAAGCAGCACUAUGAGAUGUGCAACGGCAUGUCCAACCGCUUCUGGGGCUGGGGACGGGAGGACGACGAGUUUUAUCGACGUAUCAAAGGAGCCGGUCUCCAGGUUCGCCGUCCUUCUGGAAUCACGACUGGAUACGAGACUUUCCAGCACCUGCAUGACCCAGCCUGGAGGAAGAGAGACCAAAAGCGCAUCGCUGCGCAGAAGCAGGAACAGUUUAAGGUGGAUCGGGAGGGAGGUCUGAACAACGUGAGGUACCGGAUCGAGUCACGGACAGCUCUGAGUGUGGCAGGAGCCCCUUGCACCGUCCUUAAUAUCUUGCUGGACUGUGACACAAGCGAGACCCCCUGGUGCAUGUUUGGCUGAGCCCGUCUCCCGUGUGCCAGUCGUGUGCGCUGUGCUUGUGCCGAGAUGCCGGGGCUGCCGCCAAGCUGCUUGGAGUGGAGCAGGUGGGAUUUUUGCAGCAGACAAGCAUGGCGGUGCUGGCAAGACGGAGAGGAACAGAAAGGGCUGGGAACUGGGCUUUGCUGGGACCAGUAGAAGAGGCUGAGAGCGGAACUCUGUGGCGUUGCU